AUGGGUUGUCCCUUUGCAGCUGUUGUUGUUGCCGCUGUUAUGUUAGGAACAGGCACUAUCAACACAGUCACUAACAAAAUCAUGUAUCAGACACAUGCUACUACCAUCACUGGUGAAUCAAUGGCAUAUGAUAAGCCAUGGCUUUGCACAGUUGUUAUGUUCAUUGGUGAAUUUAUGUGUAUGAUCUUCUUUGGUUGUUUUUGUUUAUACUUUUAUUUAACAAAACCAAAAGAGGAUUCUGAAAAACAUGAUUCAAGUUCAGAAGAAAAGGAAAAGACAGAAGAAGAACCAAAGGUUCAAUUUGUUACAAGAGAAGAAGCUACUCAUAACCCAACAGGUGGAUUGAACUGGAAAUAUCCACCAUUUGUCUUCUUAUUCUCAUCAUGCGAUCUUAUCUCAACUACACUUACAGGAAUUGGCCUUGUUUACUGUGAUGCUUCUAUUAUUUCCAUUCUUAGAGGUUUCAUCAUUGUUUUCACCCUCUUAUUCUCAUGGCCAUUCUUAGGUGCAAAGCCAACACUCAACCAAGUUGCCGGCGUUUUAUUUGCUGUUCUUGGUUUGUGCUUAGUCGGUGGCUCAACAAUUGGUGAUGGUAUGACAGAAGGCGAAGGCGCAACGUUCCCAGCCAAAUCUUUAAUUGGUAUUGGCUUAACACUUCUUUCUCAAGUCUUCUCAUCCAUUCAGAUGGUUCUCGAAGAAAAGCUUCUUAAGGGUGUCAUCAGACCAAUUCCACCACUUUUCCUCGUCGGAUCUGAAGGUCUUGCAGGAACAAUCCUUUGCUGCGCUAUUGCACUUCCAGCUGUUAACGCCAUCCAUGGCAGUGAUUUCGGUUCUGUUGAAAACUUCAAGAACGCAUGGCAUAUGACAUGGCAUAGCAAACAAAUCACAGGAUUGCAAAUUCUCUCACUUUUCUCAAUCGCUUUCUUCAACUGGUCAUCAUUCGUUUACGCAAAACUCCUUUCUGCUACAGCCAGAUCACUCAUUGAUUCAUCCAGAACAAUCAUUGUUUGGAUCAUAAUGGUCAUUGUUUUCUACGCUUCAAAGCACAGAUACGGUGAAGGCCUCACAUGGUGGUCCUUCCUCGAAGCAGCAGGUUUCGUUUUUAUGAUCCUCGGUACUACAGCUCACAACAACAUUGCUGGCAUCGGUGAUAAGAUUACCAAGUCUUGCUGUUGUUGCUUUAUUGAUAAAGACUCUGGCCUCGAUGAAAACGAGGAUUCUCAGGGUAAUGUUAAUAAUGCGGAAUUAUAA